CACAUUUGGAAGAAAAGAUGUGCAGCAUCAGGACAGGUCCAUGAGAGGGGACAUGGAAGGCCAGGGGAGGACAGGGCCAUACUUUUCCACAUGGCAUGGGCAUAAUGCUUUACAGCUCAUGGAAAAAAAUCCAUUAUAAGUGAUGUGGGCUGGGCAGAGUAGCGGUUGUGACUUUUAUGAUUCAGGGCACUGAAAUUUAGAUUCAGGGACUUGCUCAGAGUAACAACACUGAGGAGUAAUGAAGCUAAGGCAGGGAAUUUAGUUGGUUCCCUGGAGAUGGAGAUCCCUGAGCGCCUGAGACCGGGGGUCCAUGCCCUGGACUCCAAAGCAAGGACCCUUCUCACUCCUUUCUCAAAUCCUCCCACCCCUAUGGCUGCUGCAGGGAGACGCUGAUGCCUGGAGAAGGUGCUUGGCCUAAGAGAAGGGCCCAAAUCGUGAUUCAACUCCCGGCUUUACAUUUCAACCCCUGACCCAAAAUGUAAUGACUUUCCCCAAAAGAAGCCCUGCUGAAGGCCCGGGGGACCAGAUUUGUCUAUCUGCCUUAGCACUUGACUGUAGCUGCCUUGUGGGGAGGCUUCCCUGUGGUCAGGUGACUGCUCCGAAUGACCAGAGCCUCCUUGACUUUCAACUGACUCAGAACCCAGGACGUUCCAAACCAAAUGCCCAUGUGACAGUUGUCCUUAGAAUUAGAUUCACCUCCCAACUGACUGAACCAGCAGUUGUCCUUAGAAUUAGAUUCACCUCCCAACUGACUGAACCGGGCUGCUGGGCAGUUAAUAGGAUUAACUGAAAAAGCGGCCUACAGGGCUGGUGCUUGGACGGCUCAAGGAGUGAAGUCUGCAAGCUCCCACAGUGUCACUGCCUAUCGAUCAGAGCAGCCUGGCCUCAGGCCUGGCUGAGAAGGGGCAGUGGUGGCACCAGCCCUGAGUGGGUGCCUCACCACUCCCACCCUUCCUCACCAAAACUCAGGCCCUGCUGUACAAACUACAGCAACUACUUCAAUCUCUUUAACGGCUUCAGGUCUACAGUGCCUUCAGUACAGUAACUGGCAGGGGGUGAUGUCGGGGCUAAACCUGCUGUCUGUCCAGGCCCAGCAGAUGUUUGACGGGGAGGUGGCGAGCCUGGAGGCCCUCCGGGGCACGGGCCUGGUGCAGGCGCUGAGGUCCAUGAAGGUCAUUGAUUUGCCGAGAGGUGGGGCCACCUUUGUGAUGGAGCAUUUGAAGAUGAGGAGCUUGAGCAGGGCAGCAACCAGGACAGCAGCCGAGGGGACGGGGAGUGCCCAGGAACAUCAUGGCCCGGCCCCCAGUGGUCUGCUCUGCCCAUCCUGACCCAAAGCCUGGGAUGACCCCUCCUCGCCGGAAGGCAAGGGAGGGCUGGAUCGGCAGACUCCAUCACUCAGGGGGCAGCUCCCACACGCUGACUGUACACAGCUGUUAGCGUUUUGAAGAGCAAAAUAAACUGUUUUAACAGCA